AUGAGGUUCAUAUUUACAAGCCGGUUCUUGGCACUAUUUCUUUUUCUACAUAACCCAACCACAAUUUUUCCUACCAAUUCAAAUCAAACCUAUUCAACAAUAGAGCCGGAGCCAUUUCUUUAUGUCGUAGGACGAAAGAAGAUGAUGGAUGCACAGUACAAAUGCUAUGAACGAAUGAGGCAGUUACCCCCAUACCAAGGAGAAGGUCCAUACUGCAAUCGCACCUGGGAUGGAUGGUUGUGCUGGGAUGACACACCGGCUGGAGUACUGUCCUAUCAGCUCUGCCCAGAUUAUUUUCCAGAUUUUGAUUCAUCAGAAAGGGCUACAAAAUACUGUGAUGAAAAAGGUGUUUGGUUUAAACAUCCUGAAAACAAUCGAACCUGGUCCAACUAUACUAUGUGCAAUGCUUUCACUCCUGAGAAACUGCAGAAUGCAUUCAUCCUGUACUAUUUGGCUAUCGUGGGUCAUUCUUUAUCAAUUUUCACCUUAGUGAUUUCCCUGGGGAUUUUCGUGUUUUUCAAGAGCCUUGGCUGCCAAAGGGUAACCCUGCACAAGAACAUGUUUCUUACCUACAUUCUGAAUUCUAUGAUUAUCAUUAUUCAUCUGGUUGAAGUAGUCCCCAAUGGAGAGCUUGUGCGAAGGGACCCGGUGGGCUGCAAGAUUUUGCAUUUCUUCCACCAGUAUAUGAUGUCCUGCAACUAUUUCUGGAUGCUCUGUGAAGGAAUCUAUCUUCAUACUCUCAUUGUGGUGGCCGUGUUUACCGAGGAGCAACAUUUGCGAUGGUAUUAUCUGCUGGGCUGGGGGUUCCCGCUGGUGCCAACCACUAUCCAUGCUAUUACCAGGGCCCUGUACUUCAAUGACAACUGCUGGCUGAGUGCAGAUACCCAUUUGCUUUACAUAAUCCAUGGCCCUGUCAUGGCGGCACUUGUGGUCAAUUUCUUCUUUUUGCUCAACAUUGUCCGGGUGCUUGUGACCAAAAUGAGGGAAACUCAUGAGGCAGAAUCACACAUGUACCUGAAGGCUGUGAAGGCCACCAUGAUCCUUGUGCCCCUGCUGGGAAUCCAGUUUGUUGUCUUUCCCUGGAGACCUUCCAACCAGAUGCUUGGGAAGAUAUAUGAUUACGUGAUGCACUCUCUGGUUAAUUUCCAGGGCUUAUUUGUUGCAACAAUCUACUGCUUCUGCAACAAUGAGGUCCAAACUACCGUGAAGCGCCAAUGGGCCCAAUUCAAAAUUCAAUGGAACCAGCGUUGGGGGAGCCGCCCCUCUAACCGCUCCUCUCGCGCUGCAGCCGCCGCAGCCGCCGCCGACAACAUCCCGGUUUUCAUCUGCCAUCAGGAGCCGAGGAAUGUACCAGCCAACAGCCAAGGCGAGGAGAAUGUUGAGAUGAUCCCUUUGAACGUCAUAGAGCAAGAGUCAUCUGCUUGA